AUGCAGGAAACGGAAGAUACGAAUGACUUAUGGGCCCUGUACAAUUUGGUGGAACCUCACGACAAAGUAUAUGCCAGGACGUCCCGCAAAAUCAAGAAAGAGAACUCCGAUGGGGUUGUGACCGGAGUUACAGUGAAGAAGUUCAAUCUAGAGAUAGAAGUCACGAAGGUUGACUACGCUCCUGAUGACGCGUCCAUAAGGAUUGCAGGACAGGUUUUAACGGACUGUGAGGAUAUAAGUUUAGGACAAUAUCAUACUAUAGAGUUGGGCGUGAACGAUACGGUUCGCUUGACCAAGAUAGACUGGGAUUACUCCGCUCGUAGAGUGCUGAUUGAGGCAACAGACCCUAAGAAGUCGGCGGAGGUGGGGGCUGUGUUGAUGGAAUUGGGUGGUGCGAAUUUGUAUUUACUUUGUGGUUCCUUAAUCAAGUCGUGUGGUCGGGUUCAGGGGAAGGUAGUGAAGGCGAACACGCGGAACGUUGCUUUCGGCAAGACGGAUAAGGCCAAGUUGAAGUAUUAUGAAAUGUUGGCGGCGGCAUUGAAUACCAGUUUUGACCUUACCAAAAUCCGAUGUAUCAUUUUGGCGGGGAAGCCGGAGGUCUAUGACGACUUUUACGAGUGGUUGUUUGCGGAACAAAGAAAGGGGAUAACCAAGGGACUCUUCAUCCGUGCUGGAUCGUCUGGAUGUCAAGCCACCGACUUGGAAGGGUUACUGAGCAAUGAGCAGGUGUCUCGAAAGCUCGCAGAUACCAGAGCCGUGUGCGAAUUCCAGGCUAUUCAGAACUUUCAUAAAAUGAAAAAUCAGGACCCACUCCGAGUGACCUACGGUCUAGCGGGAGUGUAUACAGCGGGUAACCUUGGAGCCAUUGACUCACUUAUCAUAUCAGACCGCUUGUUCAAAAGCAGCAAUUUAAAAGUACGGAAAUACUUCUCAGAACUUGCCCAGCAGCUGGAACAUCUCAAGGCAAAGAUUAUCAUCGUGUCCUACCGAGGUAUCGCUUCCCACAGCAUUCAGGCUCUGUCAGAUGUUGCCGCUGUCCUAAGGUACCCGGUUUACGAACUAGAGGAAGUAGAUCUCAGUUGCGUUCCACGGGAACUGGUACCCUGA